UUAAGGAAGGACUGCAAUAACAAUAGCGCUUUCUUACGUACUGAAGUCAACGUAAAAUACUUUCAUAGGAAGAAUGCUGUAUCAGUGAAGAUCGAUCUCACGACAUAUGUGCUAUUUUUUCAUUAUAAAAGGACGCUUUAAGGAGUAAUGGGUGUGGAGAUGUUUCCAGCCUGUCCUGGUCUGUACUGUGGAAAACCAAAGAUUUUUGAAAACUCUACAUACGUACUGCUUGGAGAAUGUGGUGUGUGCCCUCGAGGAGAAAAAACAGAUGUCGAAAAGAUCUGUCAAAAGUGUGAGGAUUCCCCUGAACUCUAUGAUUGGCUUUUUCUGGGCUUCAUGGCAAUGCUUCCUUUGGUUCUUCACUGGUUUUUUAUUGAAUGGUAUACAGGAAAGAAAAGUUCUAGUGCCCUUUUCCAACACAUUACUGCAUUGUUUGAGUGCAGUGCUGCAGCUGUCGUCACUCUGCUUGUAAAUGACCCUCUUGGUUCAUUGGCGGUCCGAUCCUGCAAAGUGAAAAUGCUGUCAGACUGGUACACAAUGCUGUAUAACCCAAGUCCGGAUUAUGUUAACACACUACAUUGUACUCAGGAAGCAGUUUAUCCCCUGUACACCAUUGUGUUAAUUUACUAUGCCUUCUGUCUGGCAUUUAUGAUGCUACUGCGGCCUUUACUUGUGAAGAAGAUUGCUUGUGGCUUGGGAAAAUCUGAUAGAUUUAAAAGCAUUUAUGCAGCUCUGUACUUCUUUCCUAUUCUGACUGUCCUUCAGGCUGUUGGAGGAGGUUUGCUGUAUUAUGCAUUCCCAUAUAUAAUCCUUGUGCUCUCGUUGAUUACACUGGCUGUAUAUAUGUCAGCUUCAGAAAUCCAAUCUUUAAAGAACCUUGUGGCUAAGAAGAAGCGUCUGGUUGUUCUCUUCAGUCAUUGGUUGCUUCAUGGAUAUGGAAUUAUUUCUAUCUCUAGAUUAGACAAACUAGAACAGUCUCUUCCCCUUUUAGCCCUGGUACCUGCACCUGCGAUAUUUUACCUGAUCACUGCUAAAUUUACUGAACCAAACAGAAUAUUAUCAGAAGGAGGAAAUGGUCAUUAAAUGAAAUUUACAGGAAAAAAGAAUAGCAAAAAGAAAGAGUCCGUAUUUAUGUUUGUAGUACAAAAAUGUACAAAGAUAAUUUAUAUCCUGACCCUGAACUUGUUUUUCCACACAAUUCAGCUUUUUUGAAAGUUAAAAGUGUUACAAGUGUAUUCUUUUGUAAAUAUUUGUAUAUAUGUACAGAUGUUUCCAAAUAUAAAUGUUGUGACUCUAGCAGAUGUAAAAAUGUUAUUUCUCUGAUAUACAUUUAAACGUUUAUAGAGACGUUACGACAAAUACUUAACACUGUGAUCUUUAAACAUAUCAACAUUAAGUCAUUUUAGCAGGCUGGCCAACUUGCCAAGUUAUUUUGGACUUGUACGGUUCUCUGUCCCACUAUGGAUUAGGGUUCUGUCUAUGCUGUAGUUGCACCACCUGAGCGGGGACAAGCCACAGUUUACUGUUGUUUAGAUGAGGAAGUGGCACAGCUGCAGGUUUGGUUUCUAACCAGCCUAUUGCCCUAAAACAAAAUGAACUUUAAAGCACAUCAGACAACACUGUAAACCAAUUUUUACUCCACUUAUCAAAAGUUAUUUUGCCAUCACCAGUGUUGAGACAGGCAAUAUGUGUUUCUGAAGGAAAUCUACCAUAACAUGCAUUAAAAAUCUCAUAUGUUUUA